AUGGCCAAUGCCGAAGUGUGGAACACCUGGGGCUCCAUUUCGCGACCUGUUGGUUAGGUGUCCAACGCCCCUAACCACUGAGCCACAGGCUCGUUUUCCUAUAUAUCGCGAUCAGGAAGUGUGUUUCCGAUUCUUAAAGAUUAUCUAAGUAGAGUUGUAAAAUUACUCAUCGUGCAACACAACCACAAAAUAGCUGGUUGGAUGCCGACUUUUAAAUGGGCUUCUUCCGGGCCGCCUGCGAGCACUACGCUUUGUGGAAAUGACUACUUGAGUAGCAGAGAGUUCUGCAACUAAUUUUCUAUGCCCAUAUAGAUUCAAUCUUUGUUUUAUAGAAAACGCAUACAAUAAUAUUCUCUCUUGUACUCGUUUGUUGAAAAAUCACGGCAAGAGCGAGAAAGUGCUAGUUUCAUAGGUCCAACCGUCGGCCGGCCGAUUGCUAAAUGGUUGGGGGGUAGUUCACACAAGAUCAAUAUAAAUAUAUUGAAUGGGGGUAGAAAGGAUAUGAGACGGUAGCCACGUUGCCGUCGUCGUCCGCGUACGGAUGGCUGGGUAUGCGCAUCCAGCUCGGUCAAUAGACGCUAGCUAUCCACUCGGCUGCCACGGCUCCUCACCCCCUCACUUCUGGCCUCCGGAUUGUUCGCUGAGCUGUCCCCCUUGACUUUCUCUCGCGUAGUUUCGCCGUUCAUGGGGAAUUCCGGAUAUCUAGAGAGGAACUUUUCCGGAAGUGCCCAGCUGGGAAGGGCCAGCCUGCUAUUACGGAUGCCCACCUCUUCCACGACCUCUUCUAUGAUGGCUAAGGCCUGAUUGGGGGAGGAAGGGAGGAGAGCGGGAGAGGAAAUGGAUCAGGAUACCGUUCCCAAAUAAACGCAAACAUCCGCUUUCGGAAAAUACCGAUUUUAAAAAAUCAGUCUACAUUAAGACCAUACGAAGACAAUAAUAAAAGACCUUUAGGGGUCGCAUCAUAGCAAAUAAAUAUAAAUUUUCAAGUGUAUUUUAGAGCAAUUAGAGAAAUUCUGCACAUUAUUCAAUUUUCGGUUGUAGAAUAAACAGUUACAUAUAAAAACGGUCAGCGAGCAGUGAAGAAAACUCCCGAUGAAAUAAGCUAGAUGCAUAUGAAUUGGCUAACUUUUAGGGAUAAAAAACUGCCACUCAUGAAAGGGAAGAUAUGCGUGUCGAACAAUAUUGGCCUGCGUAUGGUAUUUUAUAAGGGAUUCACAAGGUACAUCGGCAUGACAGAACUUCCUAAACCGAAUGAGGUUAUCGGCCUUGAGGUGACAAGACAAAGGAACCUAGUCGCGAUCGGAUACAGUCCGUUUAGAGUCUAGCCGAGGGUGGGAAAUUAAGCGCUAGGGCGGUCAUCAGAGCGUACAGUGGAGAAUGCGACCUCGAGACAUCUUCGCUGCACGACCAAACUACUAGCAAAUGGCGAAAGCGGCGGAUUCAUGUCGUGGUCGUCAACAGACCACCUGGGGUCGAAAUGAGGAGUUGAUGUGGCGGUUCUCGGUGCAGAUUUCCUCGCCGCUUUCGAUCUUCUGGUCGACUGCCGUCAGUCACGUCUACACGACAAGACCACCAACCUCACUGUCCGGGGUAUCUCUUCCUCCGACGCCUCCCGUCAUCUUGCCGUCUUGGACCCUGAACCCGAGAAUCCAUUUCGGCAACUCCUCGCCAAAUACCCCGGCCUCACUCGUCCCAACUUCAACGUUUCUGUUCCACCACAUGACGUUGUUCACCACAUUCGGACCACCGGCCCUCCCGUGUUUUCUCGUCCCCGCCGUCUUGCUCCCGCGCGUCUUGCGGCUGCUAAAGCAGAAUUUGACCACAUGCUGCAACUAGGGAUUAUUCGACAGUCUGACAGUCCCUGGGCAUCUCCUUUGCACAUGGUUCCUAAACCAAAUACGGAUGAUUGGCGUCCUUGUGGCGAUUAUAGAGCCCUAAACAAUAUCACUAUGCCCGAUCGGUACCCCGUUCCUCAUCUUCAGGACUUUGCUGGAGCCCUUUUCGGCAAAACCAUUUUCUCGAAGAUCGAUUUGGUGCGGGCUUUUCAUCAAAUUCCGAUUGCGGCUGAGGACAUUCCCAAAACGGCAGUGACGACUCCUUUUGGCUUGUUCGAGUUCCUUCGUAUGCCAUUUGGUCUCCGAAAUGCCUCACAAACUUUCCAACGUUUCAUUGACCGUGUUUUACGUGGCCUUCCAUUUGUUUAUGCGUAGAUUGAUGAUGUUCUCGUCGCCAGUCGAGAUGUGGAGGAACAUCUCCAUCACCUUACCCUGCUUUUCGACCGAUUUCAGCAGUUUGGUGUCACCCUGCAUCCUUCCAAAUGUGUCCUAGGAGCCACUUCUCUUGAGUUCUUAGGUCACCUGAUAGACUCAAACGGCAUUCGGCCUCUUCCCUCAAAAGUUGCCGUCAUUCGGGACUUUCCACCUCCUACCUCGAAGCGUCAGUUGCAACGGUUUCUUGGUAUGGUGAAUUUUUAUCGCCGGUUUCUCCCGAACUGUGCCGAUACCAUCCUACCUCUGACCAAUCUCCUCUCAGGUCCCAAACGCACCUUUGAACUUACAUCAGCCGCACUCACGUCAUUUGAGCAGGUAAGAGACCUUCUGGCUGACGCCACCCUCCUGACUCACUUUCACGCUGAUGCACCCAUAUCUUUGAUGGUCGAUGCCUCCAAUGUUGCUGUUGGCGCGGUUCUUCAACAAAGUCUGCCGGAUUCUACCGUGCCUUUGGCUUUCUUCUCCAAGAAACUAUCCAAAGCCGAAACUCGCUACAGCACAUUCGGACGUGAACUUCUCGCCGCUUAUCUUGCCGUAAGGCACUUCCGGCAUUUACUCGAAGGUCGAGAGUUCACAAUCCUCACUGAUCAUAAGCCACUCACGUUUGCAAUACAUUCCCACUCUGACAAGCUAAGUCCCCGGGAGAUCCGUCAACUGGACUACAUUUCGCAGUUCACUUCAGACAUCCGCCAUAUUGACGGGUCACGGAAUGAGGUGGCUGACGCACUCUCAAGGCCCUCUAUUGCUCAUCUUCAGCUCUCACCCGGGAUAGACCUCGCUGAGAUGGCCGCUGAACAACGCCGUGUCGGUCCACCCUGUGAUGAGGAUGUUUCCGGACUCCAACUUCAGGAACUACCACUGACGACUGGCAACGGCACCAUCUUAUGCGACGUAUCCACCCCUUCCCAUCGUCCAUUUGUGCCUCCAUCUCUCCGCCGCAAAGUUUUCUCCUCCCUGCACAAUCUCUCUCACCCUGGGAGUCGAGCAACCGACAAGCUGGUUUCCGACCGCUUUGUCUGGCCUGGAAUGCACAAGGACCUGAAGGCAUGGACACGGGCUUGUAUCGCCUGUCAACGGAGCAAGAUCCAGCGGCACAACAAGGCCCCCAUUGGCACCUUCCCUGGCCCUGGUGCAAGGUUCAGCCAAGUUCACCUGGACAUUGUAGGCCCCCUGCCUCUGUCCAAUGGCUGCUCCUAUCUCCUUACCUGCGUGGAUCGAUUCACCCGGUGGCCGGAAGCUAUUCCACUGCCUGAUGUCGCAGCUCCAACGGUCGUCAAGGCUUUCCUCAGUCGUUGGGUUGCCAUUUUCGGUGCUCCCUCCAUUAUCACGACUGACCGUGGUGCCCAAUUUGAGUCUAACCUCUUCCAGUCUUUACUCUCCCUUUUAGGCUGUAAUCGCAUCCGCAAUACAGCCUAUCAUCCGGCGGCCAACGGGAUGGUCGAGCGGUUCCACCGCCAGCUGAAGGCCUCCCUACGCGCCGCGACCGAUCCGGAGAACUGGACGGACCACCUUCCCCUGGUCCUCUUGGGCAUCCGCUCCGCUCUGAAGCCGGACAUUGAUUGUUCCGCAGCUGAACUGGUGUUCGGCUCCACCGUCCGACUCCCCGGUGAGAUGAUCUCGCCAACCCCUCAAGGUGCAGUUGAGGAUCCUACCAACCUCCUGCAUCGCCUCCGGCAGUUUAUGCGGACGCCUUCCCCGGUUCCUCCCAGGUCCUCCGCCUCUCCGUCUUAUCUCGAGAAGGACUUGGCAACGUGCUCUCACGUCUAUCUCCGAUGUGAUCGAGUCCGCCGACCCCUGGAACCACCCUACGAUGGCCCCUUCCGAGUUAUCUCUCGUGGGACGAAGAACUUCCGCAUCCAACGCGGCACUCGCGAGGAGGUCGUGAGCGUGGACCGUCUCAAAGCUGCCGUCCCUGACAUUCCUCCGGAUGAGUCCUGUGGUCCCCUACCCCCUGCUCCGCCUCCCCGACCCUCUAUUCCUCCGUCCCGUAUACUUCCUCUGCCCCCAUGUCCGCAACCCACAACUGCCACCACUCCUUCAUCAACCAGCAACACUGUAACCGCGAGCCAUACUCACUCUACUCCUGUGCCCCCUGUAUAUAUCACCCGUAGUGGACGCCAUGUUCAUUUUCCUGACCGUUUGGUUACUCAUGUUUUUUAGACAUCAACAGUUCCUUCGGCGCCGCUACGCGCCACCUUCGGCCUAGCCGGGGGGUACUGUGGCGGUUCGCGUCUCCUUGCCUUCCGCCUUUGUCACGCUGCUGUCCGCCUCACACUCCGUGUCGAUACGCUCCUGGGACGCGCGAGUGCUCAAAAGCCAAUCAACGCUGUCCCAACUCUGAUUGGCUGGCGGACGUGGAGACAACAAAGGGCGCACACACGCGCAGACAACACCUCGAAGGCGGACACAGACAACGGCUUGCUUGGAGCGCGCUCGCGGUGA